UUUUUGAAUCAAUUGCACUUGAUAAAAAUGUAAAGAUCCAUAGAAAACGAAAGUGGAAAUUAGAGAAGAAAAAAAAAAAGGAAAAUAAAGAAAAGAGGAAGAAGAGGAGCAAAGGAAAGAAUAAUUUACUUUUGGAGCUGAGGAACAAUUUACUUAAUUCAUUCAUUCCUCUGUUAACUAACCAUUUAGCAUUUUGGAGGGAAAGUAGUUUAAGAUUUUGGGAUAGAGAGGCGCGUGCGCGCGAGUUCAAACUGAAAAUUUAUGUAAAUGAUAAAUUAGAGAAGAUCUUACAUAUAUAAAUAAAUAUCAAUGAGUAGGAGCCAUUCAAGACUUAGAAAUCUGUUCCAAAGAGCGCGCAGCUUUAUAGGGCUCGCCACAACAUCCGCCGCAGCCGCUGCUUUAUCGACAGUCUCAACUCCAGCCGCAGCAAAUUCCACUCCUAAAUUAAUGGAAGAACUCAGAACCCGCGUCUGUAUCGUUGGCAGUGGCCCCGCCGCUCACACCGCUGCUAUCUACGCCGCUCGUGCCGAACUCAAGCCCAUCCUUUUCGAAGGAUGGAUGGCCAACGACAUCGCUCCCGGCGGCCAGCUCACCACCACCUCCGAUGUCGAAAACUUCCCCGGUUUCCCGGAUGGAAUCCAAGGCGGUGAGUUUAUGGAUCGUUGCAGAGCUCAGUCCUCGCGUUUCGGUACUCAGAUCUAUACCGAAACGGUCAACAAAGUUGACUUCUCUUCCGUUCCUUUUAAGAUACUCACCGAUUCCAAAUCUGUCCUCGCCGACACGGUCAUCGUAGCCACCGGUGCUGUAGCCAAGCGACUUAAUUUUGCAGGCUCCGAUACUUUCUGGAACCGGGGGAUUUCUGCUUGUGCUGUGUGCGAUGGUGCUGCUCCGAUAUUUAGGGAUAAGCCGUUGGCAGUGAUUGGGGGAGGGGAUUCGGCUAUGGAAGAAGCGACAUUUCUAACAAAGUAUGGGUCAAAGGUAUAUAUAAUACACAGGAGGGAUUCAUUUAGGGCUUCUAAGAUUAUGCAAAAUAGGGCUCUGACUAACCCUAAAAUUGAGGUUAUUUGGAACUCUGUGGUUGUUGAGGCUAAUGGAGAGCGUCUUUUGGGUGGGUUGAAGGUGAAGAAUGUGGUGAGUGGAGAAGUCUCUGAUUUGAAAGUGAGUGGAUUGUUCUUUGCUAUUGGACAUGAACCUGCUACUAAGUUCUUGGAUGGUCAGUUAGAGCUUGAUUCCGAUGGUUAUGUUAUUACUAAACCUGGUACUACGCAGACCAGUGUGCGUGGUGUUUUUGCUGCUGGUGACGUCCAAGAUAAGAAGUACAGGCAGGCUGUUACUGCUGCUGGCACUGGUUGCAUGGCAGCAUUGGAAGCAGAACAUUACUUGCAAGAGAUUGGUGCCCAGGAGGGUAAGAGUGAUUGACUAUCUAGGAUAUAGCAGGUAAGUAAGAGCUACUUAAUUAAAAGUAAUAUUUGGUCAACAAAAAGGACUGGAGCAACUCUAGGGAUCUGCUACAGGCUCUUGGUUAAAUUGUAGUGAAUAUUCAACAUUUGGUUGCAAAAGGAACUUAACUGACGCUUUCAUUCAUUUUAUACCAAUGGAAUUUAUUGGAUGCCAUUAUGUUUUA